ACAUACUCAUAUAACUACAUUAUUGACCGCUGUACAGAAGUAAAAGCAACUUAUAUUAGAGGUGAUACGAACAACCGUUAGGUAAUCAAACCUAUUAUACUUCGAAGAAAAUACUAUUUCGACCACUCUGCUACACUUUUCCAUGCAGUCUGAUAAUUACACUUAAUGCUACUACUAUUCCGGCACAAAUCUGAUACAUUUUUGGUACUCAUAAAUAUUGGCGCUCACUGGUCUCCCACAGCGGCGCGACUUUUCUCAGUGCUGAGUAUGACACAAGGCAAAUAAAUCGCGCAAUGCAAUAACUUGUUUUCAAACUAAUAGCAAGAGAUAAAUAAAUACAGUACAAUACAAGUGUGACGGCUUUUAUUUACUUUAUACAAAGAGAGCUUACUGCUGCGCAUGUACGGUCGUAUGGGAGCGCCGCUGAGCUUUUAGGAAACCAACAAAGCUAAAACACUAAACACAAUGAGUUGUGUUGAGUGGCAAAGAGUGCGCACGAAAGCGGCUGACGGCAAUUAGUGAUGAUGAGCGCUUGCUGCUAGGUGAGAGCGUAGGUGAGCUGUUAAAGAGUUGUCGGCGCACUUGUUGAAAACGACAACAAAAAUAGCAACAAUAUGAAAUAUAUGAAUGCAGUUGGCGGCAUAAAGUGGUCAAAGGCAAAUGGCAACACUAAUUUAGUAGCAGAGUUUUUGUUGUACACUUUUGUAGCUGUUAUUUGCUUGUUAUUGUAUCAUAAAUGUUUUUUCUCAAUUAUUUUUUGUCGUUUGUUAUACAAAACUCAACCACGCUGCCGAAGAUGUUUUUGUCGUAGUCGUCGUCGUAGCCGUAGUCAUCGUAAUCGUUGCUGUUGGUGUAUGCCAUGCGACGAUGACUAUGGGAGAAUCCGCUGCUGUCGCCGCAGCCGCUCGACACACUAUCGCAUGGGUAGUAUACAAUGCCGCCGCUGCCACCACUACCACUACUACUACUACCAACACAGCAUUGUGGCGAAUGUUUAUAGAUUUUCAGUCGAAUUUUGUUAUUUCACGUACAAAGUGGCGCGCGCGGGCCGCCGCUCUAGCAAAUCAUAUCAAAUCGUGACGUUAUAUAGAAUAAAUUGUGUCGAAAAUUGUAACAACAACAACAAGAAUAAAAACAACAAAACAUAUUAACGCAUAUAAUUCACUUGGUGAAAGGUGUAAAAUGCAUGGUUGGGUGCAAGUGGCAAAAGUGGUAGCAAAAAAGUGAUGUUCUAUGAUAGCGGUAAAAAAUUCGUAAUUUGUAUGCCAUACUCAGUAAAACAAAACAAAUGUAAAUAAUAUUAUAUUAAAUAAACACGCAAUAAACUGCAUUUGUAAAUAUAAAACGAAAAAAAUUACGGUGCAGUCGUGCGUGAGAAAAACAACACAAACAAUUAAUUGUAAGAGCAACAGCAAAAAGGUGAAAUAAACACAUUGCAAUUGCUAAUUAAAACACAUUUAUCAAGUGUAGCAGAAGUAAAAAUACCGUUAUUGCAAAUUUGCUGCAAACAGCGUGGCAGCUGGCAACAAAGCGCGUUGCAUUUAUCACACGCAUGCGCAUGCGCCAUCAACACUCUAAUAACAAGCGUGCAACAACUGUUGUCUUGUCGUUGAACGCUUACAUUUCGAAAGCAAAGAGCAACAGCAGCAACAGUGGUGGCAGUAAAAAUAGCAUAGCAGCAGGCAACAACGCACGCACACACUCGUCUUUAUCGUACGCGUGCGCAUACUGCGGCUCUCGUGCUCAUUUGCGCUGCUCAUCGUGCUCUCCCGUCAGUAUUGUGCAUUUUUGCAGUUGUUUGUUAUUCGCAUAGAGUUGCCACUUAUUUUUACGACACCGCUACAGUUUGAAAUUCGUAGGUUCAAAAUAUUAAACGUUUCGUAAAGCGUCUACAACCAAAGCCUCAAAGUGGAUUUAACAAAUUACAAUAAAUUGCUGCAAUCCAGCAAUCAAUAUUUGCGGCCAGAUUAUCUGGCCGCACCGAAUGCGCUGGACGCCAAAAGCAGUCCGCUAGCUUUGCUGGCGCAGACGUGCAGCGCAAUCGGUGCGGAUACAACCAAUCCAAAACUGCUUGCUGCCAACAUUGAGAAAUCUACCAAAUCGACAUUGAAGUCAAGCGGUGCUGAUGGACGCGAUAAAUCCUCACCAGUGAGCAGUCAAUCAUCGUCCGUAUCAACCGGCUCCGUCGAACACAUCAAGUCCAGCUUUAAGCCGUAUGAGUCGAAUAAUAAUUUAAUCAACAACAAUCACAUGCGAGAGAGACUUGAAGCCGAAACGGAGCGCGCCACAAACUUAAGCACCAGUGCGUCGACAAACAGUUUAAAUCUCAUCGGCAAUGGCGGCCGAGUGCGUACACCAAAGAGUAAUGGCAGCGGUGGCAUAAUGUUAUUGAAUGGCCAGCAGCAUGCUGCACAACUGCAACAACAACGUUGUGACUCAAACCAAAGUGCCACCUCACAACGAGACUCGCCAGCGAUCAAUGGUUUGCGGAAGAGUUCACCAAUAGGUACCGCUAGCGCAGUUAUGGAUCUGCAGCAACGCAUCAGUAAUAGUAGUAGUCCACAGCAACGAGCAUCCUCUAAAGAAUCGGCAGCGUUAAGUCAUGGCAUUAGCAGCGCACAAAUGAGUCCUAGCGCUGCGGCUGCGGCAGCUGCUGCCAGCCAAUCACGUCUGCAGUCUGCUACGGAUUCAGCUAUAGCUGCAGCCAAAGAGGCGAACUAUGUGAAGGCGUUGCAUGCUGCAGCCGCGGCUGCAGGUGUCCCUACAACGAGCGCGGGUUCGCUACCAGGCAAUACCGCUUACUAUGCUGGCUAUCCGAGUGGCAAUCCGUCGAGUGGCUUGUCAUAUCCGAUGGACGUAAUGACGGCUAGUGCGCUUAUGUCACAACAUCAUCCAAUGUUUAAGGCGGCUGCAAUGCAUCCAUACUUGAAUUAUGCUCGCCUGAAGGGCAUCGAUCCGGCCGUUUUAAUGACACCGAAUAUAUGUCGCGAUCCCUACUGUACCGGCUGUCCAUCCUCGCCACAUUUUCUCAACAAAGCCGCCGGCCAACCAUGUCCGGCUGGUUGUCCACAAUGUGAAAGCAACUCCGUCAAAGCGGCGUCGUUGGGCGGUGGCGGUUCUUCGGCUGCAGCUGCAGUCGCCGCAGCGGCAGCUUCAUCAUAUCAUGCACAACUGGCUGCGCUGGCCGCCGCCUCACAAAUGCCGUACGUCUGCUCCUGGAUCAGCGCGGACGCGGCGUACUGUGGCAAGCGUUUCGGCACCUCCGAUGAAUUGUUCCAACAUUUGCGUACACAUACCGCAUCGCUGCCAGAUUCAGUGCUGAGCGCUGCUGCAGCAGGCGGUAUACCACCAACGCAUCCAUUAUUUCAGCGCACCUACCCUACGCCACCAUUGAGUCCCCUGUCUGCCGCACGCUAUCAUCCCUACGGCAAACCCUCCAUGCUGCCGCCACCGCUGUCAUCUGCGGCCGGCGCUUUGAGUGGUCUCUCAAUGCCACCACAUCCAGCGCUAGCACAAUACUUUGCGCCCUAUUCUCUCUACGGACCGUCACGAAUGGGUUCCUCCCAUCCAUAGUAGGAGGCUGUUAGUGGUAGAGCGCGCGAUGUCUACAGAACGCAUUUGAAAUAAGUGGCCAGGGUUUGCUGAAUGAAUACUACAUAUAUUCUUAAUAUCUUCAGUCAAUUUCGACAUUGAAUGUCCUCAGAUUGAUAAUUCCUCACUUCCGGGGAAAUUUUUUGUAAAUGUAAGAGACGCAAGUCAUAAGACGCGUAAAGUGCUAGUGAUGUAAAUUAAUCUACGUGUGUUAUGUACAUAAAUAUGUAUGCAUAUGAGGUGUACAUAUGUAUAAAAUAAAGCAUGCUAAUAUUUGUACUGCAUGAAAUUAUAAUAAAAUAAUUAAAGUAAUUAUCGUAAUGGUAAAGAGCGUUUGCAAUAAACAAAAGAAGAAUUAUUUAUUUUAUUAACUAAACUAAUUAAAAAUUUUAUCAAAGUGAAUAAUAAAUAAAGAAUAAAUUGUAUGUAUGUAUAAUCCAAAUGUCAAAUUGUAAGCAGAAGCAGCGUUGUUGUAUAUUUUAAAGUGUAAACCACAAAUGUAAUAAAAUUACAAAUAAACUUUAAGAUUCAAUUAAGUCAUCAUCAAAGAAACAAUAAAACCACGUCAAAUAUUAAAAUAUUAAAAAAAAAA